CCCAUCCGAACGACUAAAUCUUGUUCCUUACCAGGCAUUAUGACUACUGUCUAUUGUAUAUUUAAGGUACCGGACAAGUAUGCCAAUAUGUAUCCACAUAUUGGUAAUGAAGGCCGCAAGAAAUUCUCAGGCAUGGUAACAGCUAUGGAUGAAGGUAUUGGUAAUAUUACAAGAGCUCUACAAGCUAAAGGAAUGCUGGAUGAUACAAUUAUUCUAUUUACCACAGAUAACGGUGCGGAAUUAUUUAAAUAUGGUAACAACUAUCCUUUACGAGGUGGUAAACAUACUUUAUGGGAAGGUGGCACUCGGGGCGUUGCCUUUAUGGCAGGAGCUGGCCUACAGCACACAGGUAUCAAAUAUAAUGGUUUAAUCCAUUCGAUUGAUUGGAUGCCGACAUUGAUUGGUGCUGCUGGGGCCCCACAAGCUGAAGUUGAUGGCGUCAAUCAGUGGGAUUCUAUCAGAUUAAAUCAACCAUCCAAGAGAUCAGAAUUUAUUUAUAAUCUGGACGAUUUCCGUAUACCUACACAAGGUCAUGCCGCAAUAAGGGUUGGUGAUUGGAAACUGAUAUUAGGUUAUCCUGGAGAAAGUGAUGGCUGGACCAAACCAAUGAACGAUACUAAAGAUACCGUUUUGUUGUACAAUAUUUAUUCACCUGGUGAUACUCCUAGUUACUUGUUUAAUAUUACAGAUGAUCCGAGAGAAUUUUACAAUGUGGCCGAUCAGCACCCAGAUAUAGUACAGAAGUUAACCAAACGAAUUCAGGAAUAUCGGUUAUUGAUGGUACCAGCCAAAUACCCGGCUAAUGAUCCGGCUGCUGACGUAGCGGCUAAAAAUAACGGUAAUGCCUGGGCAUCCGGGUGGUGUUAGUAGUGUGCUUGAUCGUCAAAAAUAACCAUGAAUAUGGAAAUAAAAAGAAUUUUAAUAAUUUUAGAUUGUUCCAGGACAUCCACGGUGCUGUUAGUAUUGUGUUGAAUAGUAAAUAGUUAAAAAUAUAAAGCCUGUACUUUAGUCUUAACAGUAGUUAAUACGGUAUCCGGAACUGAAGAGUUCCUUGAUGCAUUGUGGGUAGUUUACCUAUAGCCUUGAUAUUGA